CGGGUUAAUUCAAACUCUUGAUUAUUUCAUAUAAUUAUUAUUACAAGCCCGCCACAUUCGUAUUCAAAAAGUGCCCCCUCCCUUCUCUCACCAAGCAAGGCAUUCGCGGGCGGCCCGGCCGGUUGGCAUCAGCCUGAUCAGCCAUUCCUGCUGGCUACAAUAGUGAGUAGUGGUAGCAAUUAUGUUAUUAUGCUAUGCGGUAGUAUCGAUGGAUAAUGUCUGUCGUUUUGACUGUUUCGUGCGGUGCGAGUGAGUGGGACACGGCUGUCUGUCUGUCUGUCCGCUGCUGCUCUCCGUUCAUUCACUCACUCACUCGUUACCUCGCUGUAUAGGGGCGCCAUAUUUGUUUUGGUCGGAGAAAACAUGAUCACGAGCAGUAACAACUAGACUCCUUGGUGUUGGCCAGCGGAUAGUCAGCCGCUAACCAUAGCAGCCCAACAAACCGUCCGUAGACGAACUUCGGACGAGCAGCUAGGUUGUUAUCGGGUGACCCUUCGACGAAAACGAAUUCUCGACAACAAGCCGAAACAGCUUUCGUUGCAAAAUAACAGCAUCGGCGUCAACAGUUGCAGCGGCAGCGUUAAAUAACAACUCGCCGCCGGUGUGUCUACCUACCUCGUCGCCUGGCCAUCGGAGAGCAGUAGGACAAUUACAGUAGCACUCCUUGAACAACAGCAGCAGUAGUUAGUCAGUCAGAGUGUCUGUGCGUCUGUCUUUAGCAGCAGCAGUCUGUCUGUCUGUCUGUCUGUCUGUCUGUCUGUCAGUCAGUCAGUCAGUCAGUCACUUGUGCUGAAUGAGUACUAUUAGGUGCUGGUGCUGCUUGAGCAUGAAUGUGCAUGCUUGUGUGUGUGUACCAAUGUUUCCACAGCUUGGCUCAUAGUGAUGAUCAUUUGGUCGCUGCCGCACUUGGUUUGGUGCUGUGCUGUGCGGCUGGGGGGAUGCUGUGUGUGCUAUCGUAGGAGCAGUACUCGAAGGUGUGUGCUGUGUAGUCGAUGCUGUCCGUACAUCUGCGGUUCCGCUGUGUAGUUGCAAUAGCAACAGCAGCAGCAACAACAACAACAAUAACAACAACAGCAGCAGCAGUAGCAGCCGAAAGCCAACGGCAAGCAAUAAGUGCAACGGCGGUCGACGACCUAUUACUAAUACAACUGCUACGACAGCGACUACUCUGGCUACACAGCGCCUUUCUAUUUUGCCCCUUGUGGUCAACCAGCAUCGUAUGGACUAACCGGCAAGAUAGGCGCCGACCAAUGAACCAGUAUCUCGAUAUUCCUACACCAACAUGCAUUAUAUACCCUAAAGACCAUUUUUAAUAGUCGACGAAACGCUCUGUUCUUCAUCAGUUCUACAGCGGCUACAAGGUGUCGCUUUUUUCUGCCCCUCGACCUAGUCGACUCACCAACUGUGUCCAGUACUCUCUCAAAACCGACUCUGAAUAAUAGUGGUAACAGAGGAACCGCCGUAUUACCGAGACACGGCAGAGCUGGGGGUGCUGUGCCAUAUUAUCACAUUGGUCAAAGAAGACAAUCUAUACCAUUUUGCCCGAACAAGGCCAAGAAGGAACGCCUGGUUUUAUGCUGAAGGGGGAGGGUACAAUGUGAUGUGCUGUACAGUGCUUCGAGUGUGUAUAAACCCCCGAACGAACGAUUGGUGGAGCUUGUUUUCGUGAUGAUGAUUGUGAUGUUGGUGGUAUGUGCAGUUGUGUAGCUGGUGGGGCACCGCCGGCGGUUCUCCGUGAGCGCCAGCAGCGACCGAUAGGAUCCGCUGUGCAUGGGCCGACUUCGGUCGUACAUAUGUGCGUAUAGCUGUGAGACCACUGCCGCCAUGCGACAAGGAAAGAUCCUGUCAAUGCUACCAACUAGUAAGAACAAAAAUCAUAGUUGCGGUACUGAUUGAGGGCUGUCGCAGGGGUCUUUCAUAGAGGCCGCCAGGCUGAUCGACAGAUCGAUACACAGACAGAACCGAACGUUUAUGCUCUAUUGUAGUAGUUAAAGCACCAGUCGUACAUUCAACGGAGCGGUUGAAACUGGUCAUCCAGCUAAAAACGGAGCCGGAAACGCAUCUAUAGUAGAAGCAAGAUGACCCCUAACUGCUGUAGAGACAACAAGUAAAAAAAACAGUUUUUCAGUCUUACGCCAGGAAUCCUGCCAGGUCUAGAGGAGUUUGGCAUCUCAUUGGCGUUGUGCGAACGUGUUUCGAUAUCAAUAAAGAAGAACUUGGCUGGACCUGCCGGGUACUCGUUAACUAACAGGUCACGGCUGUCGGACGUGUGUAUACCGUGAAAGCGAAAAAAUAAAGAGGUCAUACACCGUCCACAAUGUCGUGCCAACCAUAUCGCGAUUUUCGCAAGAAGGACAAGGCGCCUUCACCAGGUCCCGGAGUUGGGGCUCCAACCAAGAGGGCCGUCGGCCGGGUCAAUCGGUUCGGAGUCACAUCAUUCACUUCGAUUCGCGACGGAAACGCCACCCCAAACGGGAACAGCGAUGCUUAUUCAUUUGAAGAUGACCCAAAACCUGUAUCACCAACAGUCACUUCGGUAAACAACCCACCAGCGGUAGCCGCCGCUCCGAAGCAGCCGAAACCGAAGAAAUUCUUCAAGAGCCGUAAUCGGGCAAACGACGCAUUUGACAGCUUGCUGGCCAGUACUGCGAUACCGCCAAAAGCCCUCCCAUUCUCUUCUACCCCACAGCAGACGACACAGCUUCAUACGCUUUCCAUUAAGAAUAGCAGCAUUACAUCGCUGGCCGCAGGAAAACACGAAUUACCCGCAGUACCAAGCCCACUCUCGUCAGUUCUGUCGAACAAGUCUACAUCAUCGUCACCACUCCCGGGAGUAGAUUCUCCUACACCUUCGCCACGAGAAACGGGAUCGCCUACAACGGAAUCAUUCCUAAGUGCAUCAUAUGGUGGAAAUCAUCAUCUUACGGGCGUAGCAACUAACGAUCAUAGGUCGGUAGCAAUUCCCACAGGUGGAGCCACAACAGCCGACCACACUCCUGACUUGCCUGACGACCCUCCGUCAUCAUUUGGCAGAAAAGCUCCUGUCAGAUCCUAUGGACGCAAGCGCAAUGCGCCGCAGCCUGCCGAGGAUGCCGCGGAUGCUAAAGAAGCCCGUACUGAAACGCAACACGUGGAGUACGAAAACCCGCUAUUAAAAAAGCUGACAAGUCAGCCAGAGUCAAGAGCAUCAAUCGACAUGGUAACGUCUGAGGGCCCAGAGGCUUCGAAAAAGGACGAGGUUAAGGAAGAAAAACCAGUGGCGGGUACAGAUCGAAGCAAGAAAACCUUCUUUAAAAGUAAGAACAAAACAGAUCCUGCAGCUGCUAAAGCCAAAGCGGUGUCCCGCUACAAAUUAUUCAAUUUUACUGGCGAAGACGAAGAAUUUGGACCUGGUGGUGAUCAAGAGAGUUCGGUACCUGAGGCCUUCACGAAGAAAGACGAUGGAUAUUCCGUCACAGAUAAAGACCUUUUCGAAGGUGAUUUUACUGAGCCAGAAAAUAAACAGGAAAGCGGGAAGUCGUAUGCAACAGUUCGCAACGUUUUGAAGGCCUACAAGGUGCAUGAGAUCGGCGAGGCACAGGAAUUCAAUGACGACGUCGAAUACCUUCUUGAAAGUGUGACACAAGCUAAUUCGCUUGCGUCCCGGUGCCUAUCCGUGUGUUCACUAGCACACAAAUGUAUGUCCGCACAAUUUCGCGUGCAUCUUCGCGCGCAUGGAGUUAUGGCAAAGUUCUUCGGCUCCGUCAAGGAUGCGCCUAAGCAUCCAUCGCUUGCGCUUUGUGUUUCGGCGUUGUUUUUCGUCUUAUCGCAAGAUAGGCUCACUAUGGACCUCGAAGCUUCCACGCUUGCCAUCCUUCUCCAAUUAUUCGAAAUUGGAGAAGCGGCUGGCGAAGGCAAACAUGCUGAAAAGGUUCUCAAUUUGUGCACACAGAUGCGUUCUAAGGGACAUGCUAAACAUCUAGAUAUGGCACGGGUGAGCGCCAGCGGACUUGCGCUUGAAACGCUUCUAAGUCUGACGUCGCGUCGUGCGGGCGAGUGGUUCAAGGAAGAGUUACGAAUUCAGGGUGGGCUGACACAUCUCAUUAAUCUUGUGACGCAGACAAUGAAUCAACUAGAGAUGCCCAACUGGGGUGUUAUGGAUGACCCCAGAGCCGACCAGCUUGAUAAGCUUAAGAAAAUAGAAAGAGUAUUACGAGUGUUGGAAAAUGUGACUUUCGUCAAUCCGGCCAAUCAGGAUUACCUUAUCAAAUUUCGCGGCGGCACUGUGUUAGACUUUUGUGCCGAUCUUUUCAACCUCUGUUUUGAAAACAUAGAGUUUCAUCAGGUACUAGACGUUAGUGAUCCGUCGGCUCCCGAAGGUCAAUCAAUUACAGUAGCCCUACAGAAGGCUGACGGUCCAGGACCAGUGUUCCUAUCUGUGUUGUUGUCUCUUCUCAAAGUUAUGCUCAAUGUCACUCAUGAGAACGAUGAAUCCUCGGGAAAUUGGGGCUCCCGCGAUCGUACGAUGCGGCAACUUCUCGAAUGUAUGUUGCAUCUACCAGCGAGUCUCGAUUCCGAGUUAAGAUUUGAUCUGCAGUUGCUGGCGCUCGGUUUAACGAUUAAUAUCAGCGAGCACUCGACCGUAAUGCGGGAAUGGUUGCUUACGUCAUCUGUGCGAGUGUCCACUACGGACUCGAACAGCAGCGUCAGCAACCUGUCGAAAAGAAGCAACGCUUUUUCUGCAAUGGUCGAGUUGUUUAAGGAGAAGCAGGAGGCCGCAGCGGCAUCUGAAAAUCAAACAGAUGCAAUCCUUGAUAAUCAGGAGGAGAAGACCAAACAGCAAGAAAUGAAGCGCUUUGAAGAACGACAGGCCGGAAGUAACGGAUCUGCUCAAGGAGAAAAGGAUAAAGAUGCCGCCGAUGACCUCGAAGAAACAAUUCGCAAAGCCAUCCAAAAGGCGGGAAAGCAUAUGGAGCACAGCAUUAUCUCUGCGUACCUAGCACUUAUGCUCGGCUGUGUCAUCCAAGGCCACGCGGAACGAACUGCCACCCUCAAAGAGAUCAAUGGCGGCAACCUACAAUCGUUCGCACAAGCGCUUAAGAAGUUCCAUGACUUUAUCGAUAUGACAGGCGUUCUUGGGAACUCUGCUCCGCAAAGUAUUGAGCGCAUCCUUAAGGUUCUGGAGACCAGCUAGAAAAAAAAAGGAUUUGACACCGACAAAGCUAACUAAUUUGCAAAAUAUUGCCUGCGUCACUGGUACAGAUGUGUUCUACCAAUCGCGUGUCUUCACUUAAAAGCCAGAGAGAAUCUGCAGAUGGAAUUGGUACACGUCUUUUGUACAUAGAAACUCUUGAUUUUCAUUUCCAUGGAGACAGUAUGCCAGAAAGCAAAUUUGUCUACGAUUCGGCUUCCACUGUGAACUGCCGGAUGCCGUCU